AUGUUCUUCCUUUCUGCACUUCCCUCGUUGGGGCUUUUGACCUCUUUUGUCUCUGCCCAGUACUCGAACACCACCAGUGGCACUUCUGCUACCAAUGCAUCUACCUACACAAAUCCGAUUCUCGAUAAAGUGGGCGCAGACCCAUGGGUAAUUCGUCAUGGAGACUAUUACUAUAUGACGUAUACUACCAAUACGAAUGUCACAAUACUUCGCAGCUCCGUCCUGACGGACUGGAACAACGCGGAUGUCAAGCUGGCUUUCGACCCACCUCCGGGUAUGAACUAUUCGACUGAUCUAUGGGCACCUGAGUUACAUCAGAUCGACAACUCCUGGUAUAUAAUUUUUACAGCCGACCCGAAUUAUGAUACUCCUUCGCCAGGUACCGGUAACCAUUACUCGCACGAAAAACAUGCUAACCAUACUCANGAGGUGGAUAUGUGGUGUGACUACAAUUGUCCAGCGGUUCACCAUCGCAUGUAUGUCCUUGAAGGCUCAUCUUCUGAUCCGUGGGACUCGACCUAUACUCUGAAGUCUCAGCUCAACACUUAUGAUCAAUUCGCUAUUGAUGGUACCUACUUCCAACAUGACUCUGGGCUUUAUCACAUCUACAGUUGUUGGUACCGUCAAUACGAUGCCUGGCCAUCGAAUCUCUGCAUCACCAAGAUGUCCGACCCUUGGACUGUAGAGAGUAACUUUACAGAACGCCAGAUUAUCAGCGUCCCCGACAAUCCUUGGGAGAAGACACCUUAUGGACGACCUUGGAACUACCGUCUCUCAUCAAACGAAGGACCACAACAGCUCACUAAUCCCACUACGGGUCAGCAGUUUGUUAUCUACAGCGCUGCUCGUUCCGAUAACCGUAACUACUGUCUGGGUCAAUUGGAGCUCGUCGGUGAUGAUCCGAUGAACCCUUCAGAUUGGCGCAAGAACAAUGAAGGCUGUGUCUUCUACCAAAACCCCAAAGAAGAAGCAUACGGAGUGGGACACGCUAGUUUCACUAAGAGUCCUGAUGGUACUCAGGACUGGAUCGUGUAUCAUGGCAUGAGAGAUCCUACGAACGGAUGGAGUGCGAGAACAAUUAGAACACAGCAAUUCACGUGGAACGCUGAUGGCUCGCCCAAGUUCCCAAAACCCGGAUAUGGACCUUAUCAAGUGCCCUCGGGACAGGCUUGA